CCUGCCCUGUUUCUCUGCUUCUGUAUUGCUGCCCUGUUUCUCUGCUCCUGCUCUGUUUUUGUACUGCUGUCAUCAUUAUUUUUUUUACGUACAAUAGCAUGACUUCUGAAAAAGAAAGAGACAACUUUUGUGUCCGUUUUACUGGCAAGAAUUACGCUGCUUGGGAAUUUCAAUUCAAAAUGUAUGUUAAAGGAAAAGGAUUAUGGAGUCACCUUGAUGGGGUUUCGAAGGCACCGAUAGAGAAAACUGCCUUAGAUGCGUGGGAAAUCAAAGAUGCUCAGAUUAUUUCUUGGAUUCUCAAUACUAUUGAUCCUCAUAUGAUCAAUAAUUUGCGCUCUUUUUCAACUGCUCAAGAAAUGUGGAACUAUUUGAAGCAUAUCUAUAACCAAGACAAUACGGUCAACGUUUUCAUUUGGAGCUAGAGUUAGCCAACUACAAACAAGGUAAUUUGUCAAUUCAAGAAUAUUAUUCUGAAUUUUUGAAUUUAUGGACAGAACACUCUGCUAUUCUAUUUGCUGCGGUUCCCAAGACUUCUCUCGCGGAUGUCCAAGCUGUGUACGACACUAGCAAGCGGGAUCAAUUUCUCAUGAAACUUCGUCCAGAAUUUGAGGUUGUUAGAGGUGCUUUGCUGAACAGAAAUCCUGUUCCUUCUUUGGAUACAUGUGUUGGUGAACUUCUCCGAGAGGAACAACGUCUCUUUACUCAAGGAACCAUGUCUCAUGAUGUUGUCACUUCUGAACCUGUUGCAUAUGCUGCUCAAAGCCGAGGUAAAGGUCGUGAUAUGCGACAAGUCCAAUGUUUCUCGUGUAAACAGUUUGGACAUGUCGCUCGUAGUUGUAAUAUGAAAUUUUGUAAUUAUUGCAAGAAGCACGGUCAUAUUAUCUCUGAUUGUCCCACGCGCCCUCCACGACCAACACAACAUUCUGUGCAGGCAUUCCAUGCCACUAAGAGCUCUGCAAUUGGUCCUUCCAUUCCUAGUGCCUCUAAUGGUGGUGCUCUACAGCCCGAAAUGAUUCAACAAAUGGUACUUUCUGCUCUUUCAGCCUUGGGAAUUCAGGGUAAGUCUUCUAAUGUUUCGAAUCCAUGGUUUCUUGAUUCUGGUGCAUCCAAUCACAUGACGGGUUCUUCUAAAUUCUAGCACAAUUUACAUUCUUAUCAU